ACCUGUUUCAAAAACUCCUCUUACGUAUUUUCGAAAAGUGCAGCAAGAUGGAAUUUCAACUGGUAUGUCUGCUGGUACCAGGGAGGUUACUUAGUCUCCAUCGAAACUGAAGAAGAAUGGAAGUUUAUCAGUAAUGAGAUUAAAAAGCGUGGUACUGGGAAUACUAGUGCAUGGCAUAUUGGUUUAAGGAAGAGAGACGGGAAUUGGACUUGGGAGAGUGGACAACAUCUGAAUAUUUCGAAAUGGCGAUAUUCUGAGCCAGAGGGUAACGACAAUUGCGCGGAAAUAUCUGAGAAUGGAAGCCUCUUUAAUGGUAUCUCUUGGAAUGAUGAAAAUGCCUGCAUUUGCGAGAUGCCCGUAGGUAAGAUCACAUUCCAACCAUAAAGUAUAUUAUGUGCUGAAAUAUUAGAGUCUUGCACUUGUGUCGUGAAAAUUUCUCUUGAUUCUUAAAAGUAAAAAUAUUGUUCACAGAAUAUGCUCAGCUCACCUAACUUGUACGUAUAAGCGAUAAAUGAACUUUCAUGCGCCUAAUAGUGUUUGACAUAAUACCCAUAAAAAUUUCCGGGACACAUGUUUCAAGAAGCAAUUUGAUCACUCUAGAACUGUCCUUUUUUGCAUCGCCUGCAGCUGGAAAAAGAGCGACCGAAAUUGUACAUUUCUCAACUUUUGUCGAGCGUGCUACGGUUGAAAUAAUCUAGCCAACGGAAUUUUUCCGUGGCACAAAUUAGAAUUGUUCACUGAGGUCGGUGAGUGUAUGCAUGCUGUUUUGAGCAUAACACAUCGAAGAAUUUUUAUUUUUUGUGUGUGCGUGCGUGGGUGUGUCUGUGUGUGUUUCUUUUACGAGUCAGUGAUAAAUAUGUUAUUCACAGCCGAGAGGUCCGUAUUGGGUAAUACUGUGCCCAGGGUCUUGAGAACCGGCACUUAGGACAGAGUGCCCAGUUUUUCCAAUAAGGGAACGACCUAGGCUGGUGAAUAACAGUUUUUUUUUCUCUUAAACUCAAAGAAAUGUUUUUAAAAACAACCCUAAUGAUUUAAGGUUAUAAUUAAGGCAAGAUCCUCCAUGAACUGAACAAAUUUUGAGCGAGUGAAUGGUAGUUGAAACAGACAAAGGUAAUGCAAAUUGAAGAGAGGCUUGACCGAGAUAUUUUUAGUGUAGGGAACAAGAUGAUUUAAAAGGCUUCCAUAGAAUUUUGAAACAAUUUAUUUUAACAAGUAUCUGUCACAAUCUGGCACCUGUCAAUUAGAGAUUGCGUAAGACAAAAGCGCAUCCACGCCUUAAAACGACAACAACAACAACAACAACAACAGUAACGGCGCUCAGCUCAGCGAGGAACUAAUUUAUUAUUCAAAAACUCAACUACCAAAAUUACACGAAUUCAUAGAUAAUCUUAGCUGAUGUGAAGUCAACCAAUUCAGAAAAGCAGGUCAGAGAUUGCAGACGCCGAAGCGAAGAAAGAUGUAUUGUAUUAAUUUACACUAAAAAAAAACAAUGUUAGAAAAAAGGAAUCAAUUAAAGAAUAAGUCACGUUUUUUAUCUCAUUCAUUUUUCUCCUUUAUUGUGAUUGUGAUUAUAAUCUUAUUAUGUUAUCAUCAUUAUUAUAAUUAUCAUUUUGUUUAUCGUCAUCGUGAUAAUUAGUAUCUUUGUCUUCAUUUUUAUCAUGUUGUAGAAUGCCCAAAUAUAACUUUUAAAAACUCUCGGUACAUAAUUUCGGUGGAUGGAUGGUACUGGAACCUGAACAGAGAUAUCUGCCAGAGUCAAGGAGGGGACCUAGUUUCCAUUGAAACCGAAGAAGAAUGGAAUUUCAUCAAUAACGAGAUUCAAAGGCGGAAUACUUCCAGCUGUAAAAAUAAAUGGAGUAUUGGUUUAAUGAAAGAGGACGGUAAUUGGACCUGGGUGAAUGGGAGACCGCUGACUGUUUCCAAAUGGGGACAAGGGGAGCCAAAUGGUGAACACGACGUUGCUUUCAUGUACGAGAGGUUCAGUAAUGACAAACGGGGCGUGUUUGGUAGUAUUAAUAGGGAAAUUUGGACAAACCAGCACGCUUAUAUUUGUGAGAUUUCCAAUGGUGAGUUAACUUGUAGU